AGCUGAAUAUGAGGUUACGGCUAUCAGCUCAUUCGUUGUUUGCUGUAAAACGUAGUUUAUAUUCAAUAAAAUGAGUCUUUUUUUUUCUUAGCUCAUAGAAUGCAGAAAUACUUUGUUUUUAAUUAAUUAAGUUUUCGUAUGAUGAACACCAAAGAGAAUAGGAGCAUGCUACUGAUUACAAUUAGUAGUUUCGUAUACAUUUUCUUGCAGAAGCAUAGUCAGUGGGAGAAAGAUUGUUAACCAGAGAAAAAUCCCAAUGAAAUAUACCAACUAAUAAAAAGUAAAUUAUGGGACCAGAAAGUUUAAAAUCCAAAUUAAUAAAAAAUGGUCAAUACAUAUGUAAAGAUGGUUACCGGGAGACGCAAUUAUAUCACUUAUGAAGAAAUUUAAAUCAUUUCACCUUGUGCUAAACAUUGCGCUGAAGAAGUUGUUCAGAAGGACGACGAAAGCUCCACAACUAAACCAACCAGCUCAGAAAACAUUAUUAAUUGCAAACUGUAAUUUCAUUGAUCUUACAUAACAAAUCGAUGUUGUUUAAAAAACACCAAUAUUGUUAUUGACGACUAUUCUAGAGUGUUCUAUUGUGCAGAGUGCUACCGAUAAGAUUUUUCAGUGGUAUAUAAAGAGAUGUUCAUCGUCAUACAACGUUGCAGAGAUACGUGGGAGACGUGAAAGGACCAAAAAUAAACACAGUAUGAAGGAAGGCCAGAAGUAACACAACACGAAGAUCUGUGUAAAUGUUUUCCAUCGCAUGUGGAAUUCCUUGGAGACUAUCCUGACUUUAUUGGCUCUCUGUUAAUCAUUGUCCUUGGUUUAAUACUAUUUCGUGGUCCAAAGUUAUCAGCUAUGUUGAACACUGUAAUAACACUGUUAAAUUUAGUGGUCAUUAUUUUAGCCACUUGCAUUAUGUUUUCACGACCGAAUAAACACGGUUCAGAAUUUGCACCAGCCAGUCAUGGUGGUCUAUUUCCAUUUGGCUUUGGAGGUAUGAUUGGUGGCGCUGGAACAUGUUUCUAUGCAUUUAUUGGCUUUGAUGCUAUUACAGUGAGUAGUGAAGAAGCAUUAAAUCCUAAAAGAUCAAUGCCAAUUGCUACUGGUGUAUCAGUUGGUGUGGUUACACUUCUGUUUCUGUUGGCUAGUCUAGCUUUAACACUUUUUGUACCAUGGUGGACAGUGGAUCGACAAGCUGCUUUCACAUCAGCUUUUCAUAUUCGUAAUUAUGAAUGGGCUACAUAUAUAACAGGAAUUGGUUCAUUACUUGGAUUAAGUGCAAGUCUAUUUACAAGUAUGUAUGCUAUGCCGAGAGUGGUUUAUGCAAUGGCUAGUGAUGGUUUAUUGCCUAAAUUCUUGGGCUAUUUAUUACCAUCUACUCAAGUAAGUCCAGUUGUUGCACUCAGUUUGUUUGGAUUAUUCGCUGCUAUACUGACACUUUUAUGUGACAUUCAUUUAUUGGCUGACUUUCUAAGCAUUGGAACACUGAUCGCUUAUACAAUCGUCUCAAUGAAUGUAUGUAUCCUACGUUACUGUCAACCACAACUUUAUUCUGGUCAAUGGAGUGAAUUAGAAUCAAGUGAAACGCAUUUUAGCAUUUCAACUGAUGACCGCUUAACAGAUGAGAAAGGGAUACAUGAAACUAAUGAAGCUGAGCUGAGUGAAUGGCCACAUUCUAUUGGACGAUUGAAAUCUGCUUUUCGUCAUCUUCCUAUUCUGCGUAAUUCAGCACCUGGUUAUGCGCCAAUAAUCUCUUUGUUACUUUAUACUAUCUGUGCUUUUGGUUUAGCCUUUCUUCUGUUGCCAGGAUCACAAUAUUUACAAGAAGCACGUUGGUGGGCAGUACUUAUAUUUAUUUUAUUCUUGGCUGGAGCUAUAUUUUUUGUGGUUAUCAUGUUUUUACAUGAACAAAACAAGUCGUUUGACAGUUUUAAGGUCCCAUUUGUUCCUUUGAUUCCGUGUUUCUGUGUUUUCCUCAACUUCUGUCUUAUGGUAAAGCUGUCACCCAUGACAUGGGUUCGAUUCAUUAUUUGGUUAGCCAUAGGUUUGAUUAUCUACUUUGCAUAUGGAUGGAGGCAUAGUGUUCAUGCUGAUAAUCCUGGAGAAUCGGGUAAACUGAUCACAGUUCCAAAGAUGGGAAGUUUUGAUGACGAUGUUGCAAGUCCAGGUUUUGAACAGUUUAAUAAUAAUAAUGAUAACAAUAUCAACAACAAUAA